CGGGGGAGGCCGGCGAGGUGGUGGCCUCUUUUCCCCUCCCCUGGCCUCGAAGGCCGGUUAAAUAGUCGGGCAGCCCCGGGCCGCGCCCGUGCCCGCGCCGUCCUCCGGCCGACAGGUCCCCGAGCCCGUCCCAGCCACAGCCACAGCCACAGCCACAGCCGGGAGGCAGCCUCGCGCACCGAGCCGGUGGCGCAGGUGUCUGGGGUCCCCGAGCGCCGAGCCCGGGAGCAUGAUCGUGGACAAGCUGCUGGACGACAGCCGCGGCGGAGAGGGGCUGCUGGACGCGGCCGGCGACUGCGGCCUCAUGACCAGCCCGCUCAACCUGGCCUACUUCUACGGCGCGUCGCCGCCCGCCGCCGCCCCCGGCGCCUGCGAUGCCGGCUGCUUGUCGUCGGGGCCCUCGGCGCCCGGCUCGCCCGGCUCCGAUUCCUCCGACUUCUCCUCCGCCUCGUCCGUGUCCUCUUGCGGGGCGGUCGAGUCCCGGCCGAGAGGCGGCGCCCGUGCCGAGCGGCUGCAAGUUGAGCCCCAUAUGGGGGUUGGAAGGCAGCAGAGAGGACCCUUUCAAGGUGUUCGCGUGAAGAACUCGGUGAAGGAACUCUUGCUGCACAUCCGAAGUCAUAAACAGAAGGCUUCCGGACAAGCUGUCGAUGAUUUUAAGACACAAGGUGUGAACAGAGAGCAAUUCACAGAACUGAAGAACACAGUAUCAUAUAGUGGGAAAAGGAAAGGCCCCGAUUCAGUGUCUGAUGGACCAGCUUGCAAAAGAUCAGCUGUGUUACAUACCCAGUUUUUGACACCACCUCAAACACCCACACCCGUGGAGAGCAUGGAAGAUGUCCAUCACAAUGAAUCCAAACAGGACAGCCGUGCUGAUCUGCUUCAGAACAUUAUCAACAUUAAGAAUGAAUGCAGCCCGGUUUCCCUGAACACUGUCCAAGUUAGCUGGAUGAGCCCUGUGGGGGUCCCUCAGAGCUCCCCCCACGAGCAGUGUCAGGACUUGCACGGAGGGCAGGUCUUCUCUCCACCUCAGAAAUACCAACCCUUCCAAGUCAGCGGCUCCCCGCACAUGAUGGAUCAGGCUUCCGUGUACCAGUAUUCGCCACAGAACCAGACCGUGCCGCAGCCGCCGCCACAGCACUACACGCACAGCCCAGCUCUGGAGUACAGUCCUUAUUCCAGAACUUCCCAGUCCCCCAGCUAUGAAUCAAACUUCUUUGACGGUCAAGAACCACAGUUCUUCCCGAACUCCCAGAGCUUUGCAUCCCUUCUCAGUGAUCCCAGGGAAUCUGAGAAUAUUGCUGUUCUCCCUCAAACUGCCCCCAGCGUGCAGCAGCAAAGUGAUGCCCACCUGCAGGACUUCAACGUGAUGCCACACCGUGCCUGUGAGGUACUGGUGGGGCGUGAUGCAGGCGCUGCCCCUUUAAGCACGCCACUGCCCUUCCCGAACACUGUUGGAAAUCCAAUGAACACCACACAGUUAGGAAAGUCAUUUUUUCAGUGGCAAGUAGAGCAGGAAGAAAGCAAAUUGGCAAACAUCUCCCAAGACCAGUUUCUUUCGAAGGAUGCAGAUGGUGACACGUUCCUCCACAUCGCUGUUGCUCAAGGGAGAAGGGCGCUUUCCUAUGUCCUUGCAAGAAAGAUGAAUGCGCUUCACAUGCUGGAUAUUAAAGAGCACAAUGGACAGAGUGCCUUUCAGGUAGCAGUGGCUGCCAAUCAGCACCUCAUCGUGCAGGAUCUGGUGAACCUCGGGGCCCAGGUGAAUACCACUGACUGCUGGGGAAGAACCCCUCUGCAUGUUUGUGCAGAGAAGGGCCACUCCCAGGUGCUUCAGGCAAUUCAGAAGGGAGCAGCAGGGAGCAAUCAGUUCGUGGAUCUGGAGGCAACUAACUAUGAUGGCCUGACCCCUCUACACUGUGCAGUCGUGGCCCACAAUGCUGUGGUGCAUGAACUCCAGAGAAAUCAACAGCCCCAUUCACCUGAAGUUCAGGAGCUUUUGCUGAAGAAUAAGAGUCUAGUUGAUACAAUUAAGUGUCUGAUUCAUAUGGGAGCAACAGUGGAAGCUAAGGAUCGUAAAAGUGGCCGCACAGCCCUGCAUCUGGCAGCUGAAGAAGCAAAUCUGGAACUCAUUCGCCUCUUUUUGGAACUGCCCAGUUGCCUGUCUUUUGUGAAUGCAAAGGCUUACAAUGGAAACACGGCCCUCCAUGUGGCUGCCAGCCUGCAGUAUCGGGUGACACAGUUGGAUGCAGUCCGUCUGUUGAUGAGGAAGGGAGCAGACCCAAGUACUCGGAACUUAGAAAACGAACAGCCGGUGCACUUGGUUCCUGAUGGCCCUGUGGGAGAACAGAUCCGACGUAUCCUGAAGGGAAAGUCCAUUCAGCAGAGAGCUCCACCAUAUUAGCUCCACUGGCUUGGAGCUUGGUCGGCAAUACUCACUGUCAGUUAGGCAGUCCUAAUGUAUCUGUACAUAGACCAUUUGCUCUGUAUUGGCAAAUGUAAGUUGUUUCUAUGAAACAAACAUAUUUAGUUCACUAUUAUAUAGUGGGUUAUGUUAAAAGAAAAGAAGAAAACUAAUUCCUCUUGGCAGAUUUUAAUAUUUCAUGCCCAGGUAUCUGGGAUCUAGACAUCUGAAUUUAAUCUGAGUGGUAAAAUUGACUUCAAUUAACGGUAACUUUUGGGUAGGAAAAGGCUUUGAUUUGUGGUGUAAGGCAUUGCUCAUGUAGCUGUUGCCAUUUUAAAAGAAGGUGAAUUGUAAACUUUCUUUUAAAGAAAAAUGAAAGCACUUGGAAAUUAAAAAAUAAAUCUGAACGUAGUGUUGAGGCUUUGUUUGGCCUGAUGCAGUACCUGAUAGUUAUUGGUGUUGGAAAGUCUCUAGUCAUUGGACUAGAAGAAAGAUACCAUGGUUAAAGUUGGAUCUUUGCAAACUGUAUAUAAUUGUUAUUUUUGUCUUUUAAAAUAUUUGUACAUAUAUGGUCGUUAACAUGGCCACAUUUGAAAUGUAUAAAUCAAUAAAAUAGAAAAGAACAAAUGGAUUUUCACUAUUUUUAAAAAUUAUAUGCAUUCAAAGGAGUUGUGUAAUCACCAUCUCUGUAGCUGAAACGGAUGGAGAGUUGUUCCCUUAGUGGCUGGCACAGCUCUGUUUGAAUUGUAAAUAUGCUUUGAGAUGAGAUGCAUUAUUUGUAGGGAAUUGCAUGCUGUUAAAGAGAACACCUCUUUAUGACUCACUUUCUAGAAUUUAUGAUUUAUCUGCUCUGUUGGAAUUUUUGUUUUACCUUUAUAAGAACAACAAAAAGUCAAUAUUGAAACAUGUUUCACUGGUUUUCUGUUGUCAAGUAGUGAUAAUGCACCAUUUUUAUAUUAGCAUUCAGAAAAAAAUGCCUUAUUUUUUAGUAACUUUAAUUCUGUUAAUAUUAUUUUGCUUAUCUCUGGUGUACCCCGAGGAACGUAUUUGACUUUGAUUGCACAUUAAUUCUUUGUAAUAAAUUUGAUUAAUGAAAAACCUUUCUUUUUUUCUUUUAAAUGAGAAGUCUCAUAAGCAAUUGACUAAUCAUCUUUGUAGCUAAGUGCUUAAAUCCUUUUGAAAAAGAUAACCUUUGGAUUGAUUACAUUGUUUGACCCAGUAUGUCUUGUGGACAAAAGUUGGUUAUAGUUAUUUGGAAUCUGAAAGUAUGGCUGUGCUGUGAAUCUGUCCAUUCACACUCAUGGAAGCACUCAUGUGUGACUUUAAAUAAACAUUAAAUAAUACUAUU